AUGAGUGACAACAUUGUAAAUCACCCGAGUGAAUUGGACAGACAACUGGAUGUUGACCUAUCAGAUGACGAUUGGUCUGACGUCUCAUCAAUUUUCAACGAUGACACUGAUGUUGAUCUUACCUAUAGGCCAAGUAUCUCGGACUCAGAUGACGAAGAAAUGCCAUUUAGUCAGCUAUCUACUUCUCGCGGUAACGCCGCCGCUAGGCCUACUCCGGACAAUGACCAACCGGCCUCAUUUGUCUCUGAUAAGAUGGAUGAGUCAACUAAUCUAAUGAAGGAAAUAAAGAGUGAGUUGGCAUUAGUUAAGAAAGAAAAUGAAAACCUUCGUAAUUUAAAUUCGGCCUUUACAGCUGAGGUGGACUCUCUGAAAGGCAGAGUUCGCUCACUUGAGCAAUAUUCAAGGAAGAGUAAUAUUGAAAUUAACGGGAUCCCAGAGACACCAAAAGAGGAUGUGAGCGGCCUGGUGAGAGAUGUUGGAGUUGCCCUAGGAGUUGAGAUCCAGGAGACCGACAUAUCAACAGCACACCGAGCACCAUCUUUCAAUAAGGAUCGAAUUCUGCCCCUCAUCGUCCAGUUCUCAAGAAGGACCGUUAGAGACACUUUGCUCAACAAGUUCAAAAAUAAGAAGACGAUGACAGCCGAGCAGAUCAAUGCCGCCUUUCCCGCCCAGAAAAUCUACGUCAGUGAACACUUGACGCCGGAAAACAAAAUGUUUCUGUCAAAAUUGAAGGAUAAGUGCAAAGAAAUUGGUUACAAGUUCGCUUGGUGUAAAGAUGGCAAGUUCUUUGUGCGGAAGUGUGAAGGGGAACGGUUCAUUAGGAUUGAAAACGAUGAGGAACUCAACAAGCUGAAGUAA